AUGGUGCAGAACAAAGCCUUCAUCUACAAGGCCGUCCCCAACGGCUGGCCCGUCGCAGGCAAAGACCUGACGGUGGAAGACAUUGGGUUUGACGAAACAGCGCCUCCACCCAAGGGCGGCUUCACCACCAAAAACCUGUACGUGGCAUACGACCCCAGCCAGCGCGGACGAAUGCGAGACCCGAGCAUCCCGUCGUACUCGGCGGCCAUGACGACGGGCAAGCCGGUGAUCAGCGUCAGCGUGAUCGGCCAGGUCUUGAAGAGCGACAACCCCAAGAUCAAACCGGGGGCCAUCGUCAUGUUGCAGAGCUCCGGCACCGAGUCGUAUUCGGCAAAGGACGAGUCUGCCGUCGCCACCACCCAGAUCAUCGAGCCAAAGGACGGCGUGCCCUUGACCGCGUAUCUGGGCCUGUUGGGCAUGACGGGCAUGACGGCCUACGGGUCGCUGCACGAGAUCGGCCAGCCCAAGAAAGGCGACGUCAUCCUGAUUUCUGCCGCCGCCGGCGCCGUGGGCCAGAUGGUCGGACAGAUUGCAGUGCGAGAAGGUCUACAUGUAAUCGGCUCAGUCGGCGACGACCGCAAACUCGACUUCAUCCUCAACGACCUCAAAUUCACCUCGGGGUUCAACUACAAAAAGGAGUCCAUGGCCGAGGCCGUCAAACGACUCGCCCCCAACGGCCUAGACAUUUUCUACGACAACGUAGGCGGCGAGCUGCUCGACGUAGCACUAGCCAACAUGAAGGAAUUCGGCCGCAUCGUGGCCUGCGGCUCCAUCUCGACGUACAACAACGCCAAAGAAACCACGCCCUAUGGAGUCAAGAAUUACGGCGCCAUGGUCCGCAAGCGCCUCCGCUGGCAAGGCUUCUUGGUCUAUGACAAGAACAUCGACCAGUGGAAGCCCGAGCGCAACGAAAAAGUCACCCAGUGGAUCCAGGACGGCAGUUUUAAGAGCGUCGACUUCAUCACCGAGGGCAUGGAUAAUGCCGUCGAGGGGUUUUUGGGUAUGCUCAAGGGUGAGAAUUUGGGGAAGAGUAUUCUCAAGAUUGCGGAUCCUGAAUAA